CACCCAUUCAGGAUCGGGUGGUUAUCUUAAUUAUUUAAUGUAUAACAUACCUUCACUGGGAUUUUCCAAACAAAAUUUUGAUACAAUUGUCAACGGAAUAAUCAGAAGCAUAGAUAGAGCACACCAUAGUAUGACCAACACUAGGAUAUACAUAAAUACUGGACAACUCACCGACACUAGCAUUAAUCGGAGUCCCACGGCUUACAUGAGAAAUCCUGUAGAGGAACGGGAUAGAUAUGGGACCAACACUGACACCAAUAUGACUGUUCUAAAGAUGGUAUCUACCAGUGGUCAAGAUUUGGGUGCCAUUGUAUGGUUUGCUGUACAUUGCACCAGUAUGAACGAGACUAACCAUUUGAUUAGUAGUGAUAAUAAAGGAUAUGCGUCUAUUAGUUUUGAAAAACACAUGAAUGGCGGUACACUUGUUGGAAAAGGACCUUUUGUUGCACUUUUUCCUAAUACUAAUGAAGGCGAUGUAUCUCCUAAUACAAGAGGACCCCGUUGUGUGGAUACUGGACUACCCUGUGAUGCUGUUAGCAGUACAUGCAAUGGAGAUAUAACCAAAUGUAUAGCAUCGGGUCCUGGGAAAGACAUGUUUGAGAGCACCCAAAUAAUUGGUGAACAACAAUAUAAAAAAGCUAAAGAACUAUACGAUAGCGCCAACCAAGAAAUAGUUGGACCCAUAGACUACAUUCAUCAGACCAUUAACAUGGAGAACAUUGAGGUUAAACUACCUAAUAAUCGGCAGCAAACUGUUAGCACAUGUAAGGCGGCUAUGGGAGUCAGUUUCGCUGCCGGCACCAUUGAUGGUCCCGGUUUAUUUCCAUUCACACAAGGAGUGACAGCAAAUGAAUUUUGGAACAGAAUCUCACAGAAUAUAAUAAAAACACCAAAAGAUUUGGUUGACUGUCAAUAUCCGAAACCGAUUCUCUUACCGACCGGUUAUCUUAAAAUACCGUUUCCCUGGGAACCGUCUAUAGUGCCGACACAAAUAUUUCGUAUUGGACAAUUGUUGAUAGUGUCGGUGCCCAACGAAAUGACUACAAUGUCUGGUCGACGGCUCCGGGAGACAGUCAAAAAUCAAUACGAAAAGUCAUCAGUGAAUGGCACUCAAGUCGAUGUUGUUAUUUCUGGUUUGUCCAAUACGUACUCAUCAUAUGUGGCCACUUUUGAAGAAUAUCAAGCUCAACGUUAUGAGGGCGCCUCUACUCUCUACGGGCCGUAUACUUUAGAUGCCUACUUACAACAGUACCGUAAAUUGGCGGCAUAUCUAGCGGCCAACAAACAGAGCCAAUUAGAUGCCGGUCCUCGUGAACCUGACUAUAAUGAUAAGCAGUUUACUGUAAUACCGGAAGCAAUGCCUGACUGUGUACCACCGGGUCGUAAGUUUGGUGAUUGUUUGUCUCAGCCACGACUCCAGUACAUUAGUGGUCAGCGGGUGAAAGUCAGUUUUGUAAGCGCCGACCCUAGAAAUGAUGUACGAAGCGAAAGCACUUUCCUUAGUGUCGAGAGAUUAGAUCCACAAAACAAUCAGUGGAUAUUAGUGGCCACUGAUGCCAAUUGGGAGACAAGAUUUUUAUGGAAACGAAUUAAUAAUUCAUUCCUAUCGUGUGAAAGUCAGGCUACUAUCAUAUGGGAUAUACCUAAUGAUACACUGGUUGGCAACUAUAGGAUCAGACAUUUUGGUAAUUAUAAAGAUUUGACUAAUAAAGUGUUUCAAUUUUACGGAAGCACCAGAAAUUUCCGAGUUAUGGCUAAUUGA